AUGCGUGUCAUCUGUCGUACCUCGCGUGGGCUGGAGGUUGGCGAAGUUCUGGGGCCUGCCAGCGACGCGGAAUCCGCCGACUCGGAUGGCUCGAUUGUCCGUGGUAUUACCGUGGAAGACGACCUGCUUCUUGCUCGUCUGGAACGAAAUCGCCAAGAAGCUUUUGCCGCCUGUGAAAAGGAAUUGGCAAUCCUGGGGGUCGCAAUUCCCUUGAUCGAAGUCGAGCAACUGUUCGACGGAAGCUCUUUGUAUUUCGAUUUUCUCGGGGAUGUUCCGUCUGAAGUCACCGAUAUGACGAGCCGCCUGGCCGAGACCUACAACGCCGUGGCAGGCGGGCGGCUGCGGCGAUUCCUGCGCAAGUUGCGCAAUCGCUGGGGCAUGCAAGAAGUAGUGUUGGCUCUCGAACGUCGCAGAAGUUUCAUUGGACCGUCGCAGAGUACUGGGACUAGAAUUCCAGAACUUUCCAAUAUUUCUCGACGCAUGGAGAUUCUCAUGGGGACGGCAGCACGGCACUUCGCUUUGUUUCUCGCUGGCGCGUUGUUUGUAUCGAUCGUCAUGAACACGGCAUCAGCUCAGCAGCCGGAUCGGUGGCGGGCAUGGGCUGUCACCGAAGGGGAAGAUGCUCGGUUGGUCGUCGAGGGGAUUUUGGCCGAAGGUGCUCCAGGAUCCAUUGCUAUGCUUGAGCCAGCUCGGCCUCAGGGCAUCAACCCUAAGAUGUUGAUGCUAAAGCUGCGUAUGGUUUCGUUGCCCGGCGUUUGGCCGGCGGUAAUUCAACCCAUUCCGGCACACUUCACGCUUCCGCGCUAUCGAGAAGGUCAGUAUUCCUCGGUACAAAUUCUUUACCCGAAUGGCGAGAGUCAAGUUGUCGGCAAGAUCACCGAAGUGACCAGCUUAGAUGCUGGUUCGGAGAAGCCAAUGCCGCAAGACCCUGGCGUCCUCGUACCCAUGAUCGUCGAUGUGCAGUACCGCGUUCAGACGAGUGACCCUCCCAAUCUAGUCGUUGUCGCAACUGGGGAAGUGAAUACCGGUGGCUAUGGUCCGACGAAACUGAUUCGUCGCAAGUACGUCAAACCACCUCAGGAUGGCAUUCAAGAUUACUACUUACGUAGCGUUCCUCCUGAAGGGAUCGUUACCCAGGUCAUCUCGAAAGUGUCCGCAACGAAUCAGUGGAAAGACUUUCGCAGCGACGCGCCAUGGAUUAAAGGUAUUCGCGUACAUGGCAAAGGAGACAGUGUCGUCGAAAAGGUGUUCGGUGAAUAA